CUUCAAUUGAUAGUGUUUAUGAUGAUAAUGUUACAUUAUGUUAUGAGCAACAAUCAAGUUCCUCUUCAAAGAGACCCAAGCAAAUACCAAAGGAAUUACCUAAGAAAUCAUCAACUAUCGAAACACCCCUAUCUUCAGACCUGUGCAUUUUGUAUUAA